AUGCACCGAAGGAGCCGUCACUUGUUUUGAUCCUUAAAUGGGGCGGGGAGCUAACUCCUGCAGGUCGUAUUCAAGCUGAGGAAUUGGGUCGCAUAUUUCGUUGUAUGUACCCUGGUGGUCAGGGUCGGCAGGACUACUCUGGCACACAAGGAUUGGGCUUGUUGAGACUGCACUCCACUUUCCGGCAUGAUUUGAAAAUAUAUGCCUCUGACGAAGGCCGUGUCCAAAUGACAGCAGCCGCAUUUGCUAAAGGAUUGCUGGCUUUGGAGGGGGAGCUUACACCGAUUUUGGUCCAAAUGGUUAAGAGCGCUAACACAAAUGGGCUGCUGGAUAAUGAUUGUGACUCUAGUAAAUACCAAACCCUAGCAAAACAACGCCUACAUGAUUUGAUGCGUGUUGAUCGCGAUUUCACAGCCGAAGAUCGUGAGGCCAUAAAUCCUUGCAAUAGUAUAUCAAUAAAUCAAGCUUUGGACUUCGUCAAAAAUCCAGUAGAAUGUUGUAAUCACGUCCACAAAUUAAUCAAAGAGUUACUCACAAUUAUAAGCGUAAAGAAAGAAGAUCCCAAAACUAAAGACGCCAUACUAUACCACGGUGAAACUUGGGACUUGAUGGCACGUCGUUGGGAGAAAAUUGAAAAAGACUUUAGCACAAAAUCAAAACAAUAUGACAUUUCUAAAGUUCCAGACAUAUACGAUUGCAUCAAGUACGAUCUGCAGCAUAAUCAGCAUACGCUGCAAUACGAUCAGGCCGAAGAGUUAUACAUUUACGCUAAAUAUCUGGCUGAUAUCGUAAUACCACAGGAGUACGGUUCAACUGUGCAAGAAAAAUUGGCCAUCGGCCAGGGUAUCUGCACGCCACUGCUCAAAAAGAUCAAAGCCGAUUUGCAGCGAAACAUCGAGGAAGUAGGCGAUGAGUCGGUAAAUAGGCUGAAUCCGCAUUACAGUCAUGGUGUGGCCAGUCCAGGCCGCCAUGUACGCACGCGUUUAUAUUUCACCAGCGAAAGUCAUGUGCAUUCAUUGCUGACUGUUUUGCGCUAUGGCGGCCUGCUAAAUGUGCUUAACGACGAGCAAUGGCGGCGUGCUAUGGAUUAUAUUUCGAUGGUAUCUGAACUGAAUUACAUGUCACAAGUCGUAAUAAUGUUGUACGAAGAUCCGACCAAGGAUCCCACAUCGGAAGAACGCUUCCAUGUAGAGUUACACUUUAGCCCUGGUGUUAAUUGUUGUGUACAGAAGAAUUUACCACCUGGUCCAGGCUUUCGUCCACACUCACGGAAUGAUUCUGGCAAUCCUAAGCAAAUGGGUUCCGUGAGUGGAAUUUUGAAAAACAAUUCUGCCGGUGACGAGGCGAAUCCCGCACGCAUAGAGGAAGAGAAUGACUCAGAGGAUAGUCCUAUAAGGAGCCAAUCAGAUGGCUACGAAAAGGAUUCACCGCCACGCAACAAUCACAUAAAAUCGAAACCAAUACCAAUUGGGGCGCAUCACACCGUGAGUGGUCACGAGGCCGCGCACUUGGCUAAGCGCUUAAACGAAGAGCUAGCGUCACAACAACAAACCGUACAGCAGAUCGGCUCAUUGGAAUCGCAACGCCCCAUCAGUCCCGAUACAGAGCCACGAUCCCGCAGCUACGAACAACGCGAUCCAAAGCGCGCUAAAGAUGGUAAUGCGACGCCAGUGUCAUCCUCAUCGUCGGUAUCGUCUCGACGUCAAAGACACAGUAUUGCCGGCCAGAUGUCAUAUAUGAAAAUGUUGGGAUUCGGUGGUUUUAGCAAAAAGAUGGCCACCAGCUCAAGUAGUUUAUUUAGCACGGCAGUUAUAAGCGGCAGUUCAUCGGCUCCCAAUCUAAGGGAUAUGAUACCGUGUGCGGUUUCAUCAUCAGUGCUUGAAGGUUUCGGCGGUGUACCACCAAUUCGACCAUUGGAGACGCUACACAAUGCACUUUCGCUAAAGCAGCUUGAUCAAUUUCUACAUAAAAUGACUACUUCGCCACUAUUCAAGACGCCAGCAUCAUCGCCGCCAAAACAUCCAUCAACACCCCAACAGAACAUAGUACAAGGUGCAUUGCAGUCAAUGUACUCGUUGGAUGCGAUUACAAGUUUUAUGUCCGGUGAAAGUGACAGCGAGUGUCAUUGCCAGGAAAUGGCGGACGGACAAGGGCAACCGAUCCUAGAGUCAACUUUGAGAAACGCAGUGUGUUUGCAUCAACCACCACCAUCAGCCGCAGCAUUGAUAAAUGCCCCACAGGAGACGGUGGCAUCAGCAGCUCCAAGCAAUGCAAAUGCGCCACAAUCAGCUCAACCAAAUGUGGGAACAGAGGAGCUUGCCAGAUUUUUUCCACAACUCGAGGACGAAGAUUUGAAUGCGGUAUCCGUGUACACUCCUAUGAAUGCAGACGCUUUGGACAUAGAUGCUGAUGGCGUAUUUACCUUUGGAGGCGGCAGUAGUCGUGGUGAUGUGAGCGCUUGCCUUACACCGGUCAGCUUUGGUAUGGACAUAAGCAUGAUUGCGAACAAAGGAUCGAUGACACUUUCCGUUGAUGGCUUCGAAGAUGAAGAUGAAACUACGCUCUCAGCCGCUACAACGCCAUCUUUACCGAUGGAUGAUCCCAAACUUGAAGCAUGCUAUUGUUGCCCUACUCAUGCCGAAAUGGCUGAACCCCCCGAUGUCGAGGAUACAGUUGGUGCACUCCCGAAAUCACUUGAAAUAUCAGUUACGAAAAUUAUAAGUUCUUCGCCAGAAUCAAAUUUAUUUGGUGAGCCCACAUCUUUGCCACCACUUCCGCUCUGUGGCGAUUUCACCCAGCGUCGUGGUGCGCGCAAAGCAACAGAUCCCAUUUCUCCAAAAAUUAAGAAACAAAUAAGUCUCUUCGAGGGCGGCGACUAUGAACGCCAAAAGGAGUACUCCAAUUUACAUGCAUCCAUUAACAUCCCCUCUGCUUCCAUCCUAAAACAGGAUGCUCGUUUGCGCAAGUUUGAAACUCUUACACAAUCCACUUCUAAUUCGAAUUUCCCAUUUGCAAGUAAUACACUUAAACGAAUGCCACACAAUGCUUCAGAAUUGGACGAUGUCAGUCACACACAGUCUUGCAUCAAUCUAAAAAGUUCGGUGUGUGAGGGCUCGCCUUCUGCGUCGGUCACAGGAUCACCACUGCAUAAAGCAGCACCGAUCUCCAUUGUCUCGCAGCCCACUCCUGGUGUUACAACAACAGCGGCGGCGGCAGCUCGCAGUUCUACUGUUGGUUUAGAUCAUGGUGCUAGUGGUCUACCUCGCCCUGGUGCUUUGAUUGUUAAGGAACGUUUCAUAGAGCCACCGAAACGGAUUCCGCGAGACUUCCAUAACAAAACGCAAUCCAUGGAUGCUGAAUUUUUGUUCAACGAAUUUCUUUUAGUUCCAGCGCGUUCGCCAACUCAUGUACCUCUGUCUCCCGAUGGCGGCAGCCAUACAAGUAGUGCAAGUACGUCUCCGUCAUCGCGCCCAAAUUCGCGAUUUAUGACGGCCAAGAUAUUGGAUGAUGUGGCCACAUUUCAGCGUAAGUAAGUAACAUUGGCCUCAAGUAGAUAUUUAACUAUUACUUAAUGUUUUACUUGGAAUUUCGUAAAUGUGAAACCAAACAUGUAUGUAACUCAAAUCACUAAAGAAAUAUGUACCUUCCAACUUUUAUUAAAAAUAAAAUGUUUAUUUUUUCUUAUGCA